ACUCAACGACAGGUGCGACAACGUGACCCUCUACCUGCGCUGCCGCGGCGGACCGCAGCCCGAGAAAUAUACCAGCGGCCCACAACAAUCGGCGGACUUAGGGAGAGGCUGCGUCCUUCUCACGUGAUCCGAACGGCGCGGAGCGCCGCCCGCCCCGCCCCUCGGGUUGGUCGAGGUCUGCGCCUGCGUGGGCGCUGGCUCGCGGGCUCGCUCGCCGCGGUCCUGCGGGCGGGUGGCUCGGGGCGUGGGGCCGGGUGCCCGCAGCCAUGGAAAUCCAGUUAUCAAAAUUGACUCCAGAAGAAAGAACCUGACAAACCAGUAACAAUGGAAGAAAUUGGGAAAGUUGCCAAAAAACUACCAUCCCUCACACCACCAGGCUCAGCUGGUGUCACAGGUUAAAAAAAUCCUUCAUGAAGACAAAAGAGCUUAAGCAACAUGAUGGAUUCAGAAGCUCAUGAAAAGAGGCCACCAAUCCUUACGUCUUCAAAACAAGACAUCUCCCCUCACAUCACAAAUGUCGGUGAGAUGAAGCAUUACUUGUGUGGCUGCUGCGCAGCUUUCAACAACGUAGCCAUCACAUUUCCCAUUCAGAAAAUCCUGUUCCGACAGCAGCUCUAUGGAAUCAAAACCCGCGAUGCAGUGCUUCAGUUGAGGAGGGAUGGAUUUAGAAACUUGUAUCGUGGAAUUCUUCCGCCAUUAAUGCAGAAAACGACCACCCUGGCACUUAUGUUUGGUCUGUAUGAGGAUUUGUCUUCCCUUCUCCAGAAGCACGUCAGUGCCCCAGAGUUUGCAACCCGUGGCGUGGCGGCAGUACUUGCAGGGACAACAGAAGCCAUUUUCACUCCAUUGGAAAGAGUUCAGACAUUGCUUCAAGACCACAAGCAUCAUGACAAGUUCACAAACACUUAUCAGGCUUUCAGGGCAUUGAAAUGUCAUGGAAUUGGAGAGUAUUAUCGAGGUUUGGUGCCCAUUCUUUUCCGCAAUGGAUUCAGCAACGUCCUUUUCUUUGGUCUUCGAGGUCCCAUUAAAGAGCACCUGCCUACUGCAACGACUCACAGUAUUCAUUUGGUCAAUGACUUUAUCUGUGGAGGUCUUUUGGGUGCCAUGUUGGGAUUCUUGUUUUUUCCAGUUAAUGUUGUAAAAACUCGCAUACAGUCUCAGAUUGGUGGGGAAUUUCAGUCUUUCCCCAAGGUUUUCAAAACAAUCUGGCUAGAAUGGGACAGGAAACUAACAAAUCUUUUCAGAGGUGCCCAUCUGAAUUACCAUCGGUCCCUCAUCUCUUGGGGCAUAAUCAAUGCUACUUAUGAGUUCUUGCUAAAGGUUAUAUGAGAAGAGUCAUUGGUGAAGUGCCAUGUAUCAACUAAAUAGACCUAAGAAUGUAAUUUGACCUUAUUACUAAUUGGCUCAAAUAUAAGUUCAUGUCACUAAGUCCAGGCUGCAUGAAUUAUGGGCAAAGUUAAUUUCCUUAAGCCUCAACAACAAAAAUAAAACAAUAAAAAGUUUCAGUAGGAACAUUUAAGGGUUUUUUGUUUUGUUUUUUUGUUUUGAUCAUUACCCAAGAGCUGUAGGCUAAUUGCCUAUAAUUAACAGCUGUCUAUCUGAUGACCUUUCGCAGGGUGACGUAACAGUGAAGAUACAUACGAUUCUUGUUUCCAGAACAGUCUGAAGACUUCAUUAUUGAAACGUGAAUGCCUGUGACCAGCCAGAGAGAAUGCUCUAGGGCCCUGGGACUUCUCAGGCUUACUUUGUGACUCCAUUUCUUGCUUCUUGACUUUCAGGAGCUCUUGCAAAGGGUGUCUUCAUUGAACUCCAGCAUGUACAUGGUAGGACAAAGAAACAGAAGAAAAAGAGCUAAUUAGGUGCAGGCAUUUCAUGAUGAAUUAUUGGUGUUAGUUUUGAAACUAAGCACCCGUUGUGAUGUGAUUAUCCAAACUGCCUGUUUAGACAUGGCAGAAUCAAGCAGCUAAUGAAAGUUCCUGUUUUGCUUUCUAGCUUGGAAGGUUUUCUGUUUAAUUCUGAAUAUGAUCUUAAGCCCUUCCAAAAUAUCCUUGUGUUAAUUCUGCUGAUUUCUUUGCUAGAAUAUGGAGGACUAUAAGUAUUCCAUCCCAUUAAGAGGUUGUAAUGGGGCUGGGGCUGUAGCCCAGUGAUAAGCACUUGCCUCCCACACGCAAGGCACUGGGUUCGUUCCUCAGCACCACAUAAAAAUAAAGAUACUGUGUCCAUGUACAACUGAAAGAGUAUUUUAAACAAAAGAGGCCAUAAUUGCAUAUGGAUCAUACUCUUUUAUCUUGGUUUCUUUAAAAUUAUUGGUGCCAACUUAGCAGAGGGCUUUGGAGGUUUUUCCCCCCUUGAGUGGUAGUACAUCAUAUUCAAGCAUCCUGCCCCCUUGAAACUACUUUUAAAAUAUAAACACUUCCAUAAAGUUUUAUUUUGGAAGUCUGUUAAUAGCCCAGCUUUUUUUUCCCUUCUGCUCUCUAAAUGUUACCAGGCUCAGUAGCGAAUGUCGGGAUAGCUUUUGCUCCAUGGUGUCGGCAUUUUUAUUUUACUUUUGGAAAUAGGGACAUCUUAGGAAUCUUGACAUUUGGGGAACCCAGUUCUACCAUUGUCACUAAAACUAAAUAGUUUAAGAGCAUAUGAUCUAAAUAAAGACAUUAGAAGGCUCCUUUUGAAUUUUAGAGGUUGGUUUUAGCCAGAUAGCAUACUCAUCCCUUAUCUGACAGACAAUUGUCUAAAGAACCAGGAAACAGAAUUUUUUUCCAGGUAGAUGAAACAGAAUGACUCUAGCACCAAUUGAAAAAUGAGCGAAACAUGAGGAACAUUCUGGAGAAGUAGUUUAUGAAUCUCUCAAAAAAGAUCCAUCUGUAAAUAUAUAGUUUUUGCUUCCCAGCAUAUGAUAUGGAGAAGUAGGUUUGGGGGAGGGGCUUGCUUGGUUUUGCUGUGCAUGGAGAAGGGGGGAACCUAGGGCCUUGUACAUGCUGGGCAGGUGCUCUACCCUGAGCCACACCUCUCAUCCCCCCCACCCCACUUUGAAAGGUAGGUUUCUUGAUACCAGUUUUUCAUUUUUCUGGGUAAUAAGUGCACAUACCAACCAAAAUAAAAUCAGGGCCUUAUCUAGUAGCUUAUUUGAAGUUUCUGUGGACAGACAGUCCAAACAGCUGUUUACCUCUAAAUGCAGUAUGGCUGGUGAAAUCAGGUGACCGUCCUUCCAGCUCUAAAGGAUUAGGGAACAUAUUCAACAUUUGCAAGGCAUUAAUGGAGUUACAGCUUUACAGCAGCUCUGCUUGACAUUUCUGUGGUAGAUACAGCAGUUUAGAGACCAAGGUACAGAUAUAAGGAUUUCAGAAAGCAAGAACUUGACACCAAGUCAAUUUUAAGUAGUGUCCCUUGGCCUGUUGAGUCAGGAUUUGAAGGGAGUUGAGUUUCAGAAGUGAAUGAAGGUGGCACCUUGGUUCCUGACCCCCAUGCAAGUGUGUGAGCUGAGCGCCCGCAGGCACAUCCGGGUGCUCCGCGCAGGGAGGGGGCGUCCGCUGGGGAGCAGACCCUGGCCCUGGGAGAACUCCACCAGGCCUCCAGUUCUGGGGGGCCUGCUUUUUGUCUUUACACUCCAUGUAGGGGAGAGAGAUUUAAGUUGUAAAGCACUUUUGUGAAAUAAAAGUGAGAAUUGUAAGGAAAAUGCUUUGGUUUUUUUUCGUGUCUCAAACAUGGUGUUUAAAAACAACAUUAAUGGUUUUACUGGUUUUAACUCAUUUUUAAAUAUGUAUCAUUUUUUACAGCUCUUGAAGACCAAACUGCAAAUACAUUACCAGAGAUGGUUUUGUGUUUUCCUAGACUUUUUUUUUUUUAUUUUUUAAGUUUGACAGCUCUGAACUUGUAGCCAACAGCUUUAUCUGAACUUUAAGUCAAAAUGCAUACUUAAGAAAUUCUAACUACUAUUUUUACCUUCGGUGUGGACUGGUAUGCUAAUAAUUUUUAAAAGGUAAAUAUGAUUGAAUAACUGAGAAGCUUUAAGUGGCCUUUCUGUUACAUAAGAGGCCAGGUGGCUUAUGGGUAUAAGACACUUAAGUUCUUGUGUCCUACGCUUCCUGUCUGAUGCCUCCAGAAAUGUGUUACAAUUCUGUAUUUAACACACUUCGAGUGGUAUGAGCCCUCAGGACUGCACCACAGAGCAAACACAGCCCUUGUAUGGUGGCAGAUUUUGUGUCUUGUUCAUUUGUAGUAGGGGACAAAGUUGGUGUUUUUGUCUAAAUAGUCAAUAUUCAUCUUGACUCAUGGUUGAUUAUAUAAUCACCUGCUAUACAUUGUGACCUGUGCAAUAAAACAAUUGUGUAUAUAAACUUACCUUUGGAUACCCGAAAUCCCCAAGCUCAAUUACAGUGCUAAUACUCAGUAUGAGGCUGUGCAAACCUCCAAGGGAAGACUGAGCAGCAGAUAGGAUGUGCAUGCGAUCUAGAGGCUUCCAGUAAGCCAAUCAUGUUGAACCAACACCAGCGCAGUACAGGUGAAGUACUGUGGUGUGGGAGUCCGGAAAUGAAGGCAAGGCAGGAUAUUGUGCUGGAACAAAGGGUGAGUGCUCAGACUUGGUUUCCUUUAUAUUAAAAUCUGUUUUUUUCAUGUGCAAAUAAAUGUGUAUUGAAGACUUGAAUGGCAUUCUCUCUAAAUUUGAGGAUUUUCAGCUUUUGAUGCUUUUUGCUUAAUAAAUAUUUGCUUGCCUAAAUAGCUCCCAAAUUGUGUGGGGGGUCUGUUCCCUCUUAAGGUUUUGUUAUCCAAAAUGGUUUAGCACACAAAACUACUUUUGUUUGCUGUUUUGAGUUGUGUGACUGAGUUAAAUCUGUUAAAUGUUUCAGAGUUAACAUACUUUUUGUGGUAAUUGGAAUAAAGUUUGUUUUUUAAGCCCA